ACAGGUAGAAAAGGUAGCAUCAUCCUUCACCAGCAAAUAUGCCCAAGGAGAUCAAGGACAUCCGCGACUUUCUUCAAAAGGCCCGAAGAAAGGAUGCCAAGUCCGUGAAGGUGAAGAAGUCCAGCACAGGCACCAAGUUCAAGAUCCGUUGCAGCAGGUACUUGUAUACGCUCUCGGUCUCAGAUAUCGACAAAGCCGAGAAGCUGACGCAAUCCCUGCCUCCUGGUCUGCAGCGCAAGGACAUCUAAGCGCGCCCGCCAAGAAAUUCGCAGGAUGGAAAAUUACCCUCCCCUGUUUAGUUGGUUCUAACUACUGGAUUGUCGAUUGGAUGCGCAGCAGUGCAUGUGUGCCUGCGUGUGAGAGAUAAAGGUGGUGUGGACACCAGGUACAUGUGAAGUCCGACGUUAAACGGGGAAAUUAGGGGCGGUAUUCAUCAGCGUUUUAAAGAAUCAACAUGGAAAAAA